AUGUCUUCCAACUUACUUGAGAAAUACUCCAACUUAAACUUGUCUAUUGAAAGUAUCGAUAGUCUUGAAGGCCUGGAAAGAAGAGAUAGCGCAACCAGUGAUAUCACCGUCAGCGACAGCAAAGACAACUUGAGCAUUCUUGAAAAAAACAUCGAUAAUAUUAUUACCGACUCUUGUUUAGCAGCCGCCUUCGACAAGUACUCGAUUAGUGAUGCCCCUAACAAUGCAGGCAUUGUUAGAACUCCAUCUGGUGAAACCCCUGUCGAGAACUUUAUGCACCCAUUCAUAGAGCUGUUCAACUCCAAAUUGAAAUGUCUUAGCGAUAGAAUCUACAUGUUAAACGUUGAUAACUUGAUAGAUUUAAUGACCUUUUACUAUGGGCCACAGAACCCUUUGGACGAUGGUCUCUUUCCUUACUUGCAUGGUUUGAAGGACUCCAGACUGAGAAUCUUUUUCAACUCGGGGUUCAAAAACUCAAAUGGUGACCAGUUUGCAGUCGAAGACUUUCCUCACCUCGAUGUGGAACAUUUUCCAGCUAUCAGCCAGUUACAUAUGAUGUUUUUAAACACCCAGGAGGAGUGUGGAGACUUUCAAUUGAAUAAUUCGGUGUCAUAUGAGGAGUUUGUGGAUUGCUCAAAUGCCUACAUCGAAGACAUGAAUAAUGAAGUUUGUGGAGAAUUGAAUAACCGCAACUAUAAGAACCAACUUCAUGUCUAUAGUAAGAUGUGCCAUUUGGUGCUCUACAAUAACACCAACAACUUGAAUGUGAACCUAAACAAAGCGUUGGAAUUGAACACAAGCAAUAACAUCUACAUUGUCAACUUCAACAACCGUCUCUGGAAUAUAAUUCCGGAACACUUCACUAAUGAGUCGAACUUUGAACUGAUUCACCAACUCCCAAUCAAUUCCAUCAAUAAUCAAGUAUUCAAUUGUCAGUUACUCAAAUGGGAGCAAAAUCUCUUGUGGAAGUUCAACUCCAUGAAAUGGUUCAACAGAAACGUUUGCAUUGGAAACUUGAUAGACUACAAUUACUUGGCCAACAUCGACCACAACUUCGAGAUGAUCAUCAAUUGUAAUGAAUAUUGCAAAAUACCAAAGUCAAUUGGUGAAUAUUCGGAAUUCCCCAGUUCUGGUUAUUUGCACUUUGAACACAUGAACUUGGCAGAUAUAAUUAACUUUUUGAACUUGCUCAAGACUAUCAAGGCACUCCACGACAGAAAUAAACAGGUUUUUGUUUUUUCCUUUGACGGGUUCACAGGAUUAACUACGUUGACCUUGGCUAUCGGUAUGAUGUUGUCGGACAUGAGUCUUGAAGAAGUCAUAAUGGAUUUAUAUUCCACUAAGAACUUGAAGUUCUAUUACUUCAAAUCGGAUUUGAUAUUCUUGAAAAAAAUGGAAAAGUUCAUCAACUAUAGCAAAAGACAAGUGGGAAUGAUCAAGUUCAUCAACUACAACGAACUCGAGACGCCAAAGGUUCGUGGUGAUUUGGAUUGGUUUAAUUACAACAAGGAUAACAACUUUCCUUGCAACAUACAUAAGAACAUCUACUUGGGAUCAGUGAACCAUGCCAACUCUAAAACCGUCUUGAAUUGUAUGAAGUUCAACAAGAUUGUGUCUGUGGGAUCCAAACCUCAAUGGCUUGAUAUUGAUGGCCACAAGCCAGUAUUUCAAUACAAGAAUAAACAAGACGAGAUAAUCAGCAUAUAUGAUAUCAAGAUCCAUGAUGAGGGUUUACCAUACUUGACGUCAGCAUUGUACAUUGACAAUCUUAAAGAUGAUGGUAAAGAUGAGAUUCUUCCGUUGUUGAUCGAGGUGCCGGACCAUAUACAACUAAAAUACUUGCUGAACCCCGACCAGUCGAUGAAGACGUUUUAUCAUUGUCAGAUUGGAGUAUCUCGCCUGGCAUCUUUGGUGAUUGCAAGUUUGAUGAGAUUCCAAAAACUAUCACUUAUAGAGAGUUACAUGAUAACCCGGAUCAACAGAUUUAACAUUAUCAUCCAGCCCAACUUGAGAAUCUUCUACGAUUUGUACUUGUAUGAGAACUACUUGAAUAGCCUCAAAGGUAGAUCCAGAUCAUACACCUGGUACCACUUAUGCAACGAGAUAUUCAAAUUGAAUAGAAAUUAUAUAGAGUGA